AUGCCCCAUGGGCAGCCACCCAUGCCGACUCGACGACAGCAAGAUGUCCCUUACACCGCAGGCCCCCCCAACAUGCGAUCGUCUCCUACCUACAUGGGGUACCACCCCCAUAUGAACGGCCACACGCCCCCGGCCGCAUACCCGUCGCAGCAAUACCCUCAGUGGUACACGCCUUACCCCCCGAUGCAGCAGCUCCCUCCUCGCCCAUAUCCAACCCAUUAUGGGCCCAUGUUUGUCUCGGGAUUCCCCCCCGCCCAGCCUAUAAUGGCGCCCGCCCAUAUUCCGUCCCUUCCUGUGCAGCCGAGGACCUCUACUCCUCUUCAGGCCACUAUGUCUCCUCCAGUGGGAUUGCCACCUUUGCCGAUUCCCCCACAGGCGCAAUCCCCUGCCACUUUUCCCGUGCAUCUCCCUCCGAGUCCCGCCGUGCCUCCGUCCCCCGGCCCGGCACCCGUGAAGGUCGCUCCAGCUCUCCAGGAACCUUUCCGCGCACCGCUCCCCUGGGUGUCCGUUCCCGAACUCCCGUUCCCUGCCAGAGCCCCUCGCACACGCCGGAAAGGCCGUGCCCUGCAGUCGUCGUCGAUGUCUGUGGAGCUCCCCGCAAAGGAGACCCAGCGAACUGAUCAGGCCGAGACACAAGUCAGAGAGUUGGAGCAUGAGCAGACACCAUCGGAGCCCCAAACUCCGACAUUGUCUGCUGCUCCGUCUCUCGCGAACUCGACGCAGCCCACAACGCCCUCCUCGGUCGCUCAGAACCUUCCCAUCCGUCCUCAGUCACAGUCUAAAGAGACCAAGCCGACUGCCCCUGUGGUUCCCAUUGUUCCAGUUGUCCCAGGACCGGUAACUCCCCGCCAAACGGCCAAGGACGAUUCCAGCCACUUGUCCGAGACGCCCAAGUCAGUCAGUGUGGCUGGCGUGGCCCAGGAAGGCACAAACGAGGAUUCGCAGAAGUCGACGGCUGAUGGUCCUCCCAAGCAAGCCUCACCUGCUGCGGUGCCAAAGUCGUGGGCGGACUUGGUUCGUUCAAGAUCACUUGCCAAAGGGGCGACUGCUCCCAACGCAUCUUCGGCUGUGUCUAACGGUGUCGUCAAACCCAAGAAUGAGUCCCUUGCGGAUGUCUUGACAACCCUGGGAGACGAUGUUUCGCAGUACAGCGACAAGGUCGCUUUCCUCGAGCCCAGAGGACUAGUGAAUACCGGUAAUAUGUGCUACAUGAACUCUGUUCUUCAAAUUUUGGUCUCCUGCGUUCCUUUCUACCAGUUCUUGGACCACAUCGGACGGAGAGCUUCUCACAGCUUUAAUAGCGAUUUCCCAAUGAUUGAUGCUCUGAUCAUGUUCUUGCGCGAGUUCCGUAUCAUCGAUGCUGCUCACACCGAAGAACAGCUGAAGAUGCGAUUGAAACCCAACGAGCUCGAGCAGUACGGCGAAUCCUUCAUCCCGGAGUUUGUUUACGAGGUGAUCAGGCAGCUGCCGCGCUUCCGCGAUAUGCGGAGAGGUCAUCAACAGGACGCUCAGGAAUUCCUCGGAUUUCUUUUGGAAGAAAUGCACGAAGAGUGCGCCCGUGCUUCCAAGGAUGCACCUGCAACAACCGGCUCGCGCUCGGAGGCCGACUCUGCAAACGGAGAGUCGGGCGAUGGCUGGUUGGAAGUCGGACACAAGCAGAAGGCGGCAGUUACGCGCUCAUCUGGCCACAUCGCUCUGGAAUCUCCUGUCACGAAGAUCUUUGGCGGAAAGAUCCGGUCAGAGUUCAGAGUCCCCGGCAACAAAGCUUCCGUGACUCUGGAGCCUUACCAGUCGCUGCAGCUUGACAUCGGAUCUCCUGAGACCAAUAACAUCAUCGAUGCUCUCAAGGGACUGACGAAGCCGGAAAGCAUUCAGGGAGACUUUAACUCUUCGCGCGGCCCUAACGUCACAGCUACCAAGCAGAUUUUCAUCGAGAAUCUGCCGCCUGUCCUCAUCCUUCACCUGAAACGCUUCCAGUACGACAGUGUAACCAGAGGCACCCAGAAGAUCUGGAAAAAGAUCGGGUACCCACUCGAUCUGGAGAUCCCCCGCGAGGUUUUCCCGCCCAAUAAGCGCAACAUCAUGAUGGCGCAGGGCGGCCUGCCCAAGUACCGGCUCGCCGGUGUCAUCUACCACCACGGCAAAAAUGCCAGCGGUGGUCACUAUACCGUGGAUGUUCGUCGUCAAGAUGGUCGCGAAUGGAUCCGCCUUGACGACACUGCCAUUCGUCGCGUUCGGAGUGAGGACGUUGCCGAGGCUGGUGGUGAGGAGGACCCGAAGGUCCUGGCGGCGGCGCUCGAGCAGCAUAAGCGGGACAAUUCGAACGUCAACAUUUAUGAUCGUAUCGACCAGGAUGACUAUGAGCAGGCCGAGAACGAGAGAGGCUGGAGCCAGGUCAACGGAACAGGUUCCAGUGGUCACUCCAGCAAGAAAUCCACCGCCGGUGCCUCGGGACCGUCCGGCGCAUCUUCCGGCGUCCGCACUCCCAUCGGACGGUACGGGUCUCGGGACAACAAGGUGGCAUACCUGUUGUUUUACGAGCGCAUCGCCUAA